UUUAUCCUAAAAGGUGUGUAGUUGUUCAUGGCUUGGUCAGUUCUCCUGUGUUGCUUUCUCUGAGCUGGGUGAGAUUGGGGAUGGGGCCUGUCUCCAGCUGCAGAGGGACACUGAGGUGGCCAGGGCUGCCCUUCCCUCACCGUGUCCCUCCAGACAGCAGGACAGGUGCUGGCUAGGUCACAACAAAUGGUCCUCCUCGCUGUGCUGUGCUGCAGCUGACACGGUGACUUGGCUGGUGAAUCAUAAGUGAAUGCUGCUGAGAGCUGAGCUUUUUGCAGACACCACAGCAUUAGCCCUGCUCCUUGGACAAGCUCCAGCUUGGGCGAUUCCAUUCGGACACUUUAAAUGCUCCCUGUCGCCUUUGCAGGCACAAGGCUCUGCUCUUCUGCCUGUGAGCCCUUGGAGACUUGUUGGGGACUGUAAAACAGCUGCUACUUUCAGUCCCUGGCUGUUUUCUUGCUGGGCUGUCUGUAGAGCCUGACUGCAGGACUGUGAAAGAGGCUCUGUUAACGCCAGGCAGUUCACUUGCCGAUAAAGGGGCUGCUGAGCUGCCAUGGGGAACACCACCAGCGAGCGGGUGUCUGGGGAGCGCCAUGGCUCCAAGGCCCAGCGCUCCGACGGCUCCGGGGCCUCCCACCCCGCCAAGGAGCACCCACACAAGAUCAUGGUGGGCAGCACCGACGACCCCAGCGUUUUCAGCUCCCAUGACUCCAAGAUUUCUGGGGACAAGGAGUUUGUGUCAUGGCAGCCAGAUCUGGAGGAGUCAGUGAAACCAUCCCAACAGGCUCGUCCAACUGUCAUACGCUGGGCUGAUGGAGGCAAGGAGGUCUUCAUCUCCGGAUCCUUCAACAACUGGAGCACCAAGAUCCCACUCAUCAAGAGCCACAAUGAUUUCGUUGCUAUCCUGGACCUUCCAGAAGGAGAGCACCAGUACAAAUUUUUUGUGGAUGGCCAGUGGGUCCAUGAUCCUUCUGAGCCUGUGGUUACCAGCCAGAUGGGGACAAUAAACAACCUCAUCCAUGUCAAGAAGUCUGACUUCGAGGUGUUUGACGCGUUGAAGGUGGAUUCCCUGGAAAGCUCAGAAACCUCAGGUCGGGAUUUGUCCAGCUCCCCACCGGGACCUUAUGGCCAGGAGAUGUACGUGUACCGGCCCGAGGAGCGCUUCAAAUCCCCACCCAUCCUCCCGCCUCACCUCCUGCAGGUCAUCCUCAACAAGGACACCAACAUCUCGUGUGACCCAGCGCUGCUGCCCGAGCCCAACCACGUCAUGCUCAACCACCUCUACGCGCUCUCCAUCAAGGAUGGCGUGAUGGUGCUCAGUGCCACGCACCGCUACAAGAAGAAGUACGUCACCACACUGCUGUACAAGCCCAUCUGAGCUGGGGCCUCACGCGCUCCCCACGCAGGACACCAAAUGCCGCUUGUCUGCACACACUGGGCCACGGGACUGUGUGACAACUGGCCACUGGCUCCAGCCUCCAGCCUGGCAGGGACACGGGCCCUGGCAACAAGCUCAGGGCCACUGGGGCCUGUGACGCUGUCCCAUCCUACCGGUGUGGUUCAGCCCUUGGUUUCCACCCACCUGCAGCUUCCCUUGGCUUCUGUGAGUCUCUGGGACCACUUUGCUGCUCACCAGAACAGCCCUUCCUCACGCCCAACACAAAAAGGGCUUCACCCUGCCUGUCUCCUCCAGCCUGUGAGGGCCUCAAGGUGGUCCUGGCACUGCACCCAGUCCAGGCUCCAGGCACACAUCCUGUUCUUCUGAAGCUUGUGCUGCUGCCCUGGUGCUGAAUCUCCAAGGGCACCUUGUCUGCUAGGGGCUCUGUGACACUCCAGCCUGACACCUGCCCCCUGUUCCACAGCCCUGGCUGUGGGGCUGCCACCCCAGCUUUUUUGAACCUCUGCGAGGUUCAGCGUCGAUCCAGCAUGAUGGACAGUACAUCUGGACACAGCCACUCUUACCUGCUGCUGUGAGAGCACCAUCGAGGACUGCAACGCCCUGUCCCCAACAUCAGCUGCUGCUGUGGGACAGGGCUGACUUUGUCACAGCCAGAGGGGCAGUGGCACAUGCCCUGGAAAAGCAGAGCCGGGCAGGCACUCCAGGACCCCGGCUGCGCCGCCUGCUGCCGCAGCAGUGCCAUGGGACAGGGGGUUCUCUAUUUAUUACAGUAUUUAUUGUUCUCGG